AUGUUGCCAAGCUGGCAAGUUGACGAGAACGCUGUAUUGCUCACUACGAUCGAUGAACAAGGGAACGACAGGAAUAGCAGCCCCUUUAAUCCAACUCAGUCCCUGUACGGCAUUCACAAUGUCAUCGACAUCAACAAGUUUAGCCGAUACAAAACUCUACUCAGAGUGACAGCAUAUGUCAAAAGAUUUAUAAACAGAUGCAAGUCUAGACACAGAUCUAUGAGAAAAUGUCCGUCCAAACUCGAACCUUUAAACGUGCUAGAACUACAAGACGCUAGCAGAAUGUGGUUGCAUAGCUGCCAGUCAACAUAUUACGAAGCCGAAAUUACAAACCUUAAGUCCAACGAGAAACGUCUCACACUCGUGAAACAGUUACGAUUGUUCCUUGACGAAGAUGGAUACAUUCGCUGCGGUGGGAGAAUCCACAAUGCACCACUGACAGAAUUAACGAAAUUCCCGUACCUACUCCCGAACAAACACCCCCUGACGCGUUUGAUAGUUUUAGACGCACAUGAGACCCAGCUACACGCCGGCACGAGUGCCUUGAUCACACAUUUAAGACAAAUAUACUGGAUACCUGCUCUCAGACAAUACGUCCAGAGCCUUCUGCGAACGUGUACCCAGUGUCGAAAGGUUACAGGAAGACCGUAUGCAGCCCCAGACCCCCCGCCCCUACCUAAGAUGAGAGUUCAAGACGCACCCCCUUUUACAGUAACUGGAGUCGAUUUCACGGGGGCGCUUUAUGUUAGAAACAGAAACGAUGCUGAGAAGAAAGCCUACAUUUGCCUCUUCACGUGCGCUUCUACACGAGCUGUUCAACUCGAGGUGGUACCAGAUUUAUCUGAAGAAUCUUUCAUCCAGGCUUUCAGACGAUUUACCUGCCGAAAUUCACUACCCCGUAUCCUGGUAUCUGACAAUGCAACUACCUUUAACGCAGCAGCCAACAGCAUUCAGCUAUUAUUGAGAUCAGUGACUAUCCAGGAUACUUUCCAUAGCCAAGGCACCGAGUGGAGAUUCAUACCUAAGCGAGCACCAUGGUUCGAUGGAUGGUGGGAACGGAUGAUUUGA